AUGGCUAGUGGUUGCGAAUUUCAAUUUAUGGAAUAUGUCGCCGAACAGUCCAUUGACCCAAAUUUAGUAUGCAGUAUUUGUCACAAGGCUUUUAACGAUCCAGUGUGUACACCGUGUGAUCAUACUUUCGGUCGCGCGUGUAUCACGCAUUGGCUUGAUGUAAGUGCGAAUCAUUCAUGCCCUGUGUGCGUUGAGAGCCCUUUGACAGUUGAUAAGCUUACAGUGGCUAGUCGACUGUUGCGAAAUAUGCUUGAUCCACUUCGUGUUACUUGCACAUUAUGUGGACAAACGGACUUGCAACGUGGUAAUUUUGAACAUCACCUGAACAAAGUUUGUUCAAAAAUGGUGAUUGAAUGUAUCGCUAGUGACAUAAAAUGCCCUUGGCAAGGAAUACGCGAUGAACUACAGGAUCAUGUUAGAACAUGUGUUUUCGAACUAUUGCGACCAGUAUUGUCUUCAAUAAUCGCUGAAAAUCGAAAACUUAACGAUCAAGUUCGUCAGCAUGAAGAUGAAAUCAAUAAACUAAAGCAAGCAUUAAAUCCACUACAAAUUGCACCGAGAAGUGAGUAUGGCGAUGAUAGUGAUGAUACUUCUUCAAUAGCUUCGGAAAUAUCUACAACUGAUAAUGGUGUGAAAGAAGAAGACACUAUAUACAUAAGAAAUCUACCCGCUACUGUGAAAUUCAAUGAUCUAUUUGAUUUAUUUUCAAAAUUUGGUCGCAUCAAGUUCAAUCCAAACAAUAAAAAAACGGACAUCUUUAUAUUAAAAAACAAACAAAAGAAAGAUGGUCCAUGUGGCGCUAAAGUGGCUUUUGUUGAUAAGGAAUCGGCAGAUGCUGCAGUUUUGGCAUACAACGGUAAACAUAUUCAACAGUGGAAUACACGCAUUCAAGUAAGUAUAUCGUAUCGAAAGAGAAAAAAUCCAGCAUAUUUCAGUGGAGCUCAUUUUCAAGACAACGCUCAUGCUUCUCAAGAAGCUAAACCAACUGCAGAUCAUGAGAAAUUUUCAAGACAGGCUCCGAAUGUUGCCACGACAGUGAAUCCACCAACAUCACAACCUGAAAAAACUCAAAGAACAAAAAAAAAUAAAUAA